UACAGUGGCAGUGACGUCACAUUGGCUCACCGGAGCGCAAGCACAGACUGUCAUCCACGCAGCUUGGAGCUCCGUUGGCCUUUCCUGCCCUGGGAAGAGAAAGAGCGAGGAAGUGGGACCACUGCUUCAACUUAACAUCUGCAUGAGGGGCUUUAAACGAAUAACUUUCGCCCUGAACGUACAUUUGACCCUCUAAAGGACACCUGUCGCUGUGUGGUUGUGCUGACUGGAGGUUAGCCAUGGAGGAUGGGAAGCCAGUGUGGGCGCCCCACCCCAGCGACGGGUUCCAGCUGGGCAUGAUCGUUGACAUAGGAGCCGACACGCUCACCAUAGAGCCACUGAACCAGAAGGGCAAGACCUUUCUUGCUCCGAUGAGUCAAGUCUUUCCAGCCGAGGAUGAUGUAAACAAACUUGUAGAUGACAACUGUUCACUUAUGUAUUUGAAUGAAGCCACUCUUCUCAACAACGUCAGAGUGCGGUACAAUAAAGACCACAUCUACACUUUUGUGGCCAAUAUCUUGAUAGCUGUAAACCCUUACAAAGAUAUCCCCAAACUGUACGGGCCUGAAUCCAUCAAGUCUUACAAGGGGAAGUCACUGGGAACUCUGCCGCCUCACGUUUUUUCUAUAGCUGACAAAGCCUACAGGGACAUGAAGGUUCUCAAGAUGAGCCAGUCCAUCAUAGUUUCUGGUGAAUCUGGUGCUGGAAAGACUGAAAACACAAAGUUUGUAUUAAGGUAUCUCACCACAACAUAUGGAAGUGGCCAAGAUAUUGAUGAGAGAAUUGUUGAAGCCAACCCUCUUCUUGAGGCCUUUGGAAAUGCAAAGACAGUUCGGAAUAACAACAGCAGUCGCUUUGGGAAGUUCGUGGAAAUCCACUUCAAUGAGAAGAAUGCAGUUGUCGGUGGUUUCGUCUCCCAUUACCUGCUGGAGAAGUCGAGGAUUUGCAUGCAAAGUAACGACGAAAGAAACUACCACAUCUUCUACAGGCUGUGUGCCGGGGCGUCCGAUGACAUAAAGAAGAGACUGCACCUGGACUCUCCAGACAGCUUCAGGUACCUGAACCGGGGAUGCACCAGGUACUUUGCCAGUAAGGACUCUGAUAAACAAAUCAUGCAGAACCGCAAGAGUCCAGAGCAUCUCAAAGUGGGUGCUCUGAAGGACCCUCUUCUGGACGACCAAGGGGACUUCAACAGGAUGUGUGGGGCCAUGAAGAAGAUUGGUCUGGACGACACAGAGAAGCUGGACCUGUUCAGGGUGGUCGCAGGUGUCCUGCAUCUCGGUAACAUCGACUUUGAAGAAACAGGAAGCUCCUCGGGCGGUUGCGUCCUGAAGAACCAGUCAGGACAGACUCUGGAGUACUGCGCUGAUCUGCUUGGUCUGGACAAGGAUGAUUUGCGUGUCAGCCUCACAACCAGAGUCAUGCUCACGACAGCAGGGGGCGCCAAAGGAACAGUUAUCAAGGUGCCUCUAAAGGUGGAACAAGCAAACAAUGCCCGCGAUGCCCUGGCCAAGGCCGUCUACAGUCGCCUCUUUGAUCAUGUUGUGAAAAGAGUCAACCAGUGUUUCCCCUUCAAGACCUCCUCCAACUUCAUCGGGGUGCUGGACAUUGCUGGUUUUGAGUAUUUUGAACACAACAGCUUUGAGCAGUUCUGUAUCAAUUACUGCAACGAGAAACUGCAGCAGUUCUUCAAUGAGCGGAUUCUGAAGGAGGAGCAAGAGCUGUAUCAAAAAGAAGGUCUUGGAGUGAAUGAAGUGCAUUAUGUUGACAACCAAGAUUGUAUAGACCUAGUGGAAGCAAAGCUGGUUGGAGUCCUUGAUAUUCUGGAUGAAGAGAAUCGUCUUCCUCAGGCCAGUGACCAACACUUUGCCCAGGCUGUUCACAACAAGCAUAAAGACCACUUCAGACUGACGGUACCUAGGAAGUCGAAGUUGACCAUUCACAGGAAUCUGCGGGAUGACGAAGGCUUUAUUAUCAGGCACUUUGCUGGAGCAGUGUGCUAUGAAACGACUCGGUUUGUGGAGAAGAAUAAUGACGCCCUGCACAUGUCCUUGGAGAGUUUAGUGUGCGAAUCAAAAGACAAAUUUGUUCGGGAGUUGUUUGAAAACUCUAACACCGCCAAGGACUCAAAGCAGAAAGCAGGAAAACUCAGCUUUAUCAGCGUUGGGAACAAGUUCAAGACUCAGCUGAACCUGCUACUGGAAAAACUCAGAAGUACUGGCUCAAGUUUCAUUCGCUGUGUAAAACCCAACCUGAAGAUGAUCAGCCACCAGUUUGAGGGAGCUUUGAUUCUCUCGCAGCUGCAAUGCUCAGGAAUGGUGUCUGUGUUGGAUCUGAUGCAGGGGGGUUUCCCCUCCAGAGCUCCCUUCCAUGAGCUCUACAACAUGUACAAACAGUACAUGCCGGACAAGCUCACACGGCUGAAUCCUAGACUCUUCUGCAAGGCUUUGUUCAAAGCACUGGGACUGAACGAUGCCGACUUCAAGUUUGGACUUACUAGGGUGUUCUUCCGCCCUGGAAAGUUUGCUGAGUUUGAUCAGAUCAUGAAGUCGGAUCCAGACCACCUGGCGGAGCUGCUGAAGAAAGUCAACACCUGGUUGCUGUGCAGCCGCUGGAAGAAGGUCCAGUGGUGCAGUCUGUCUGUCAUCAAACUUCGGAACAAGAUGAGGUACAGAGCUUUGGCUUGCAUUAAGAUUCAGAAGACAGUUCGCAUGUGGUUGUGUAAGAAGAAGCAUAAGCCACGCAUUGAUGGUAUGGUGAAGGUUCGAAAUCUGAAGAAGCACAUGGAUCGGUUUAAUGAGGUUGUGAACGGGCUGAAGGAGGGCAAGCCGGAUAUGGCCAAAAAGGUUCAGGAGCUGGCUGCCGCCAUAGAUGCUUUGUCAGCAAAGAUAAAGACUACAGUGAUGACCUAUAAAGCGAUCGACACCGAGUACAAGGGACUGGUGAAACGCUCCGAGCAGCUGCUCUCUUCAAUGCAGAAGAAAAAGCAGGAGCAGGAAGAAAGCGAGAGGCUGAAACACAUCGAGGAGGAGAUGGACAAAGAGAGGAAGAGGAGAGAUAAAGAAGAGCAACGACGUAAACAGGAGGAAGAGGAUAGAAGGCUGAAAUCAGAGAUGGAGCUGAAGAGGAAGCAGGACGAGGAGGAUAGAAAAAAGAGGGAGAAGGAAGAGAAGGUUAUACAGGCAGAGUUGGAGGUCGAGCUGGCUCUGGAGCGCGAGGAGCAGGUCCAGCGCUCUGCCAUCCUGGAGCAGGAGAGACGAGACAGAGAGUUGGCCAUGAGGAUCGCUCAGAGCGAGGCAGAGCUCAUCACAGAGGAGGGGCAGAUGGAUGCCAGCCUGCGCAGAGGUCCUCAGGUGCAGGCAACCAAAGCUGCUGCUGGUGGGAAAAAGUACGACCUCAGCAAGUGGAAGUAUGCUGAGCUGCGAGAUGUCAUCAACACUUCCUGUGACAUCGAGCUGCUGGCAGCCUGCAGAGAGGAGUUCCACCGUCGCCUGAAGGUUUAUCACGCAUGGAAGUCCAAGAACAAGAAACGUACUGAUGACGGGACCGAUCAAAGGGCUCCUAAAUCUGUCACUGACUAUGCUGAGCAGAACCCAGCUCCUCCAGUGACAACCCAGCAGCAGGAAGUGGCCAUGAACCGCCAGCAGCGAUAUUUCCGCAUACCUUUCAUCCGACCUGCCGACCAGUACAAAGACCCUCAGAACAAAAAGAAAGGAUGGUGGUACGCCCAUUUCGAUGGGCCGUGGAUAGCCAGACAGAUGGAGCUUCACCCUGACAAACGGCCUAUUGUGUUGGUUGCAGGUAAAGAUGACAUGGAGAUGUGCGAGCUGAGCCUGGAGGAGACGGGUCUGACCAGGAAGCGAGGGGCCGAGAUCCUGCCCAGACAGUUUGAAGAAAUCUGGGAGCGCUGCGAUGGAAUCCAGUACCUCAAGAAGGCCAUUGAGAACAAGCAGGCCCGGCCCACGCACGCCACCGCCAUGCUUCAGAGUCUCCUCAAGUGACCCAGAGCAGAGAGAUAAAGCCUGAAACAUGACACUGAUACGCAGACUCGCAAACAUGCACGCUCGUGAGCUGCAGUGUGUACCUGCAGUUUGUGGGCUGGAGAGAAAGAUGCUCCCUUUACAGUCUUACUGUAGCUACUCAGUGUUUCACUGAGGCGUCUCCUUUUUACAUUCCUGUAAUUUGUUUAACUUUUUAUAUCCGGAUUUUGGAGUGGAACACCUUAUUGGUGUAGUGAUAGCAUUUGUGUUCAGUCUUUUCCUCAAUCUUUUCUUGAAUGUGAAAUGACACCCUGAGGCCUUACACUGCAACAAAACCACAGUGCACCACAGAAGUCUUAACUACUGCCUAGCCGUUCUAUCUCUUACCUUUAAAACUUAAUGGUUUUUAAUAGGGACAAUGAAUUAGACUGAAAGAAAAUAUGAAGGGAUACUUAAUGAAGCAAUCAUAUCUUUAAAGGUGACAUAUCAUGCAAAAUUGACUUUUAAUGGUUUCUUACCUGAAAUAUGUGUCCCUGGCAUGUCAACAAACCCCCCGAGAAUGAAAAAAAUCCAUUCUGCCUCUGUUCUGAUUUCUCCACCUUUCUGUAAAUGUGUGUGAAAUGAGCCGUUUCAGACUUCCGUGUUUUUGUUACGUAACAACAAUAUCCGGUCUGUCACGGAGUCAGAGCUCGGAGCUUGUUCAGCCCAUAGACUGUAUAAAAUAAUACUGAAUCCCCCCUCCGUUUUUCAUUACCUGCACAAAUGUGUGCUAACAAGGAGCUUAGGAGGGAGGCAUGCUAGUUGUAGGCUGUCUUAAUAAACACAAAGGUCGGUUUUACUCCCCACGUCUGCAGAUUUGAAGAUCUAGUGGAUGAUUUUUAUUUAUCAUGGAUAAGUGCUAGCGCUGGUUAGCAUAGCUACAUAGCUACAUGUCGUAGCUGCAGCUGUGUACCAAGACACACGUCUACAUACUGACAAAUACAACAACAAGAAGCACUAAAUCUGUGACCAAUCCUUCAGAAAGGUCCUGCUACAGGCGCCUCUCCAUCAGGAUCAGAUUCUGGAUCAGAUUCAGAGGGUUGAAGUAACGCGAUCUCUGAGCAGCCGUGUAUAUUCAGCCAACAUGUAAACAUUAGAUCAACGUGCUGGAGAGCCGAGGGCACAUCCACUUCCGGAGGGGACGUGGUCAGAGAGAAAACAGAGUGUUCUGAGGAGGACUGAAGAAGAGGGUUUUUCAGGCAGACCAAAAUCUGAUUUCAAAGUGUUUUUUUGAGCAUAAACUUUAAAGACAUGUUUUGGGGACCUCUUAGACCAAUAUAUAUUGAUGAAAAAAGCGUGAUAUGUCACCUUUAAGUCUUGCUCACUGUUGUCUAGUUAUCUUUCUUUAUUAUUUUUUAUCACUAACAUCUCAUUAGACCAAUAAAACAUGCACAUAGCUUCUUGGACUUUGCUUAAUGAACUUAAAGAACUAAAGAAACUUUUGUUUUUAAUUGAAAAGAAUAUUAAUAAUACAAUUUAAAAAAAGUAGAGAAGUUAUAUUUGUACAUCUAUUUUGACACAGGGCACAAACAGGGUAAAGAUUUUAUGAUGGCUAAACGUCACUUUCUUUUUCGUGCAGAACAUUAAGAAAACACAGACAUAAAAUCACUGUUCUUUUGUUUCAUGACACUCUUUUAAAGAUGUAUUGAUUGACAUAACUACCAGCUCCUUUACCAUCUUUAAAUUGUUUUCUCUUCAUCUGUUUUUUCUUGCUGUGAAUACACCUCUAUCAUCUGUUGAAACUCUUAAAACAUUAAGUUAAUUUUUGUAUUGUUAUGCAAGAAGGAAAUGUAGAAGUUUCCAUGUUUGCAGUCUUGUGGGUUUGGAAUUGUUUUACAGACAAUCAUGUAAUGCGUGUGUGUGUUCUGUGUUUGUUCAUGUCAUAUUUUAAUGGGCAGAUCACUUUACUCCUCCAGUUCAUUCAUCUCCUCUAGCAAUCAUACAAUACUUCUAUAUAGACUCACAGGGAUUCUCUGACAGAUACUCUAGCAAACUGGCACUUUCAAUGUGUCUUCUUAAAUCUGAUGUAUGUUUGCCUUCACACUGGAAUACAGUAGACAAUAAACAUAUGCCCACAUGUG